AUGAAGAGUUGGGAAAGCAUACGAUCGAUAUUCAUGCACGCGGAUGGUGUUGAUUGGAUCUUGAUGGGAUUCGGGUUAAUCGGAUCCGUAUGUGAUGGCUGCAUCGCUCCUAUUGUAUUUUUCAUCACCAGCUUGCUACUGAACGACAUCGGUGGUUCCUCAUUCGGUGAUGAAAGAUUCAUGCAAGCCAUCUUGAAGAAUGCUAGAGCUUUGCUUUAUGUCGCUUGUGCAGCUUGGGUGAUAUGUUUCACUGAAGCAUUUUGCUGGACAAGAACAGGGGAGAGACAAUCAUCAAAAAUGAGACAGAGGUACUUAGGAGCAGUGUUAAGACAAGAUGUGGGUUACUUUGAUCUCAAUGUCUCAAGCACUUCUGAUGUUAUCACAAGUGUCUCUAGUGACAGCCUCGUGAUCCAAGACGUCCUCAGUGAAAAGCUACCGGAUUUUUUGAAGAAUACAUCGGUGUUUUUCGUAAGCUACAUCGUGAGUUUCAUCAUGCUAUGGAGACUCACAAUCCUAGGCUUACCAUCUAUCGUCCUCCUCUUGAUCCCUGGACUAAUGUACGGACGAGUCCUCAUCAACAUCUCGAGGAAAAUACGUGAAGAGUACAAUGAAGCUGGUUCUAUUGCCGAGCAAGCCAUCUCACUGGUGAGAACUGUUUAUGCAUUUGGUAGUGAGAGGAAAAUGUUAUCAAAAUUCUCAGCUUCGCUUCAAGGCUCGGUGAAGCUAGGGCUGAGACAAGGACUAGUUAAAGGAAUGGCCCUUGGGAGCAAUGGCAUCUCUUAUGCCAAUUGGGGGUUUAUGACUUGGUUCGGAAGUCGAAUGGUUAUGAACCACGGUGCCAAAGGCGGUACCAUCUUUGCAGUCAUUGUAUGCAUCAACAUGGGUGGCAAAACAUUUGGUCGAGGUUUGUCGAAUCUUAAAUAUUUCUCAGAGGCGGCUGUAGCAGGGGAAAGGAUUAUCAAAAUGAUUAAAAGAGUUCCCAAUAUCGAUUCAUAUAACACAGAAGGUCAAAUUCUAGAGAAGAUUACAGGAGAAGUCCAAUUUAAGCACGUGAAAUUCAUGUACCCGUCUAGACCAGAAACCCUAAUCUUUGAGGAUCUAUGUUUGAGAAUUCCCUCUGGAAAAACUGUGGCUCUAGUAGGCGGAAGCGGAUCUGGAAAAUCAACUGUGAUCUCGCUUUUGCAAAGAUUCUAUGAUACGGUUGCUGGAGAGAUUCUGAUAGAUGGUGUAUCCAUACGUGAGCUGCAAGUUAAGUGGUUGAGGUCGCAAAUGGGUCUAGUUAGCCAAGAGCCAGCGCUCUUCGCCACAUCGAUAGAAGAAAACAUAUUAUUUGGUAAAGAGGAUGCAUCCAUUGACGAAGUUGUUGAAGCCGCAACGGCCUCAAAUGCUCAUGAUUUCAUUUCUCAGUUCCCACAUGGUUACAAAACUCAGGUUGGAGUGAGAGGAGUGCAAAUGUCAGGGGGUCAAAAGCAAAGGAUCGCCAUUGCACGUGCCAUAAUCAAAUCACCGGCAAUUCUUCUUCUAGAUGAGGCAACAAGCGCGUUGGACUCAGAAUCCGAAAGGGUAGUCCAAGAAGCUUUAGACAAUGCCUCUCUUGGCCGUACAACUAUUGUUAUUGCCCAUCGCCUCUCUACCAUUCGUAAUGCUGAUGUUAUUUAUGUAGUUGAUAAUGGCCGUGUUGUAGAAACUGGAUCACAUGAAGAGCUCAUGAAGAACUUUGAUGGUCAAUAUACUUCUCUAGUCCGCUUACAGCAGAUGAAUCAGAAUGAAGAAUCAGAUUCAGAUGGUAACAUAAACGUAAGUGUGCAAGGGAGUCAAUUCUCGAUUUUGAGCAAAGAUUUGAAGUAUGGUCCAAAGCUCCCUAUUCCAAGCCAGGCUAUCUUGUUAAAGACUUCAAGCAUUGACGCGGAUCUUUCUUCUUCGAUAGUUAAGGAUAAGAAGAAGAAGCCACCUGUGCCAUCGUUUAAGAGAAUGAUGGCGAUGAACAGACCAGAGUGGAAACAAGCAUUGUGUGGUUGCAUAAGUGCAGCCUUAUAUGGGGCUGUACAGCCAACUUCUUCAUUUGUUUCGGGAUCAAUGGUUUCAGUUUACUUCCUUACGAAUCACGACGAGAUGAAGGAGAAAACGAGGAUGUACGUGUUGCUUUUUCUUGGUCUAGCUAUAUUCACUUUCUUGAUCAAUAUUAGUCAGCAUUAUAGCUUUGCUUACACGGGGGAAUAUCUAACGAAACGUGUCCGAGAGAAGAUGCUCUCAAAGAUUUUGACCUUUGAAGUCAAUUGGUUCGAUGAGGACGAGAACUCGAGUGGUGCCAUUUGCUCUAGACUAGCAAAAGAAGCUAAUGUGGUGAGAUCGCUGGUUGGUGAUCGGGCUUCAUUGUUGGUACAUACUAUAUCGGCAGUGACAGUAGCGUGCACACUUGGUUUAGCCAUCGCUUGGAGAUUAGCCAUAGUGAUGAUUGCGGCGCAGCCAGUGGUCAUUGUGUGCUUCUACACCCAACGUGUUCUGCUCAAGAAAAUGUCGAAAAAGGCUAUUAAAUCCCAAGACGAGAGCAGCAAACUAGCCGCGGAAGCUGUCUCCAACAUCCGAACCAUCACAGCUUUUUCGUCACAAGAACGGAUCUUGAAACUACUCGAAACGGUUCAAGAAGGUCCACGGAGAGAAAGCAUCCGCCAGUCGUGGUUAGCUGGGAUUGUGCUCGCAACUACACGAAGCCUCAUAAGUUGCACAGCCGUUUUGAAUUACUGGUACGGUGGUAAACUCAUCAGUGAAGGAAAAAUCACGUCAAAAGCAUUCUUUGAGAUGUUUAGCGUCUUUGUAACUGAGCGGGUUGGGUUAUUGCCGACGCUGGAGCCAUGA